CUCGGUGUUGCCAGUGCAGUGAGGAGGACGGGUCGUGUUGAUUUCAGAAGUCAUCAUGGCGCUCACUUCUCCAGUCAAAGAGCACCCAUACAGCCAUCUAAUUGACACACUGAAAGAUGGCAACUUCAAAUUCUACAAUCCACAUAAAUUAAAUGAUCCAAGAUAUGACAAGCUGCCCCUGUCCAUCCGUGUCCUCCUGGAGGCAGCAAUCCGUAACUGCGAUGGCUUUUACACGAAGGACGAAGACGUCCAGAACAUCCUGGACUGGCAGCAGAAGCAGAAUAAAGCCGAGGUGCCGUUCUCUCCAGCACGAGUCCUCCUCCAGGACUUCACUGGUAUUCCUGCCAUGGUGGACCUGGCAGCCAUGAGGGACGCUGUGGCCAAACAUGGAGUCGACCCCGGCCUGGUCAACCCUAAGUGCCCCACAGACCUCAUUGUAGACCACUCUUUACAGAUCGAUUAUAGCAAAUGUGCCAUACAGAAUGCUCCAAACCCAGGUGGAGGGGACGGCCCAAACCAGGGUCCUCCUCGUUCCAUGUCCUCCAGGCCUCCAUCCAGAGGAGGCUCGCAGUGUGGGGGCCAGCGGGGCUCCUGUAGUAAAGCGGCCUGCAGCGACCCCCCGGCCUCCCCAGGUCGACCCUCGGCGUCUAGUGUCCAACAGAUCGAGAAUACACCUCUCCUCUGUCCUUUCCACCUGAAGCCCGUGUCUGAAACUGACACAGCUCUGAAGAAUCAGGAAAUGGAACUCGUCAGGAACAAAGAGAGACUUCAGUUCUUUAAGUGGUGUUCAAAAGCCUUUAAGAAUGUGAACGUUGUUCCUCCGGACGUUGGAGCAGUCCACCAGGUGAACCUGGAGUAUCUGUCCAGAGUGGUCCAAGUCAACGACGGUCUCAUCUACCCUGACAGCGUGGUGGGAACCGACUCACACACCACCAUGAUCAACGGCCUGGGCAUCCUGGGCUGGGGUGUCGGUGGAAUCGAGUCAGAAGCCGUGAUGCUCGGCCAGCCGGUUUCUUUGACACUUCCCGAAGUGGUGGGCUGUAAACUGGUGGGCACCAUCAACCCCCUCACCACCUCCAUCGACAUCGUCCUGGGCAUCACAAAGCACUUGCGACAAGCUGGGAUCGCCGGAAAGUUUGUCGAGUUUUUUGGACCUGGCGUCUCCCAGCUGUCGGCUCCAGACCGAACCACCAUCGCCAACAUGUGCCCAGAGUACAACGCUACUGUGAGCUUCUUCCCCGUCGACCAAGUCACACUAAAGCACUUAAAAAAGACAAACUUUACGCAGGAGAAACUUGAACUACUGGAGUCUUACAUGAAGGCUGUAAAGCUUUUCCGAAGCUAUGAAGACUCAUCAGAAGACCCCCAGUUUUCUGAGGUGAUAGAGAUUAACCUGAGCUCCAUGGCGCCCUAUGUGAGCGGACCCAAGAGGCCUCAGGACAGAGUGGCAGUCAGCAGUAUGAAAGAAGACUUCCAGAGCUGUCUUGAUGAGAAGGUUGGCUUCAAAGGCUUCCACGUCUCUAAGGAGAAGCAGGACAUGCGGGUUCCUUUCCUGCACUGUGGACAGGAGUACCAGCUGGCACACGGCUCUGUGGUCAUCGCUGCCGUCAUCAGCUGCACCAACAACUGCAACCCGUCUGUCAUGCUGACUGCAGGUCUACUGGCCAAAAAGGCUGUGGAGGCGGGACUUGUCGUAAAGCCUUAUAUACGGACCAGCCUGGCUCCUGGAAGUGGCAUGGUCACUCACUACCUCAAUACCAGUGGAGUCCUGCCUUACUUUAGCCAGCUUGGGUUUGAGGUGAUUGGUUACGGCUGUGCCACCUGUGUAGGGAACACAUCUCCGUUACCUGAAGCUGUCGUUGAUGCAAUCAAACAGGGGGAACUGGUGGCCUGUGGUGUGUUAUCUGGAAACAGGCACUUUGAGGGACGGCUGUGUGACUGCGUGCGUGCCAACUACCUGGCCUCCCCUCCUCUGGUAGUGGCUUAUGCUCUCGCAGGGACUGUGGGAAUCGACUUUGAGAAAGAGCCGCUGGGUGUGACCUCAGAGGGGAAGGAGGUGUAUCUUCAUGACAUCUGGCCUUCCAGGGAGGAGAUCCAACAGACUGAGGAGGACACGGUCAUCUCCUCCAUUUUUAAUGAUCUCAGGGGAAGGAUGAAGCAAGGGAACACAUUCUGGAACAACAUUGACGGUCCAGAUUCGGUGGUUUUCCCCUGGGAUCACAAGUCCACAUAUAUCCGUUCACCAUCUUUCUUCAGCAAGUUGAGUAAAGAGCCGUCACCUCCGCAGACGAUAGAGAACGCUCAUGUCUUACUUUUCCUCGGCGACAAAGUGACCACAGACCACAUCUCACCGGCGGGGAGCAUUGCCCGGGUCAGCGCCGCCGCCAAGUACCUGCUGAGCAAACGCCUCACGCCACGGGAGUUUAAUUCUUACGGCGCUCGCAGAGGGAACGACGCAGUGAUGACCAGAGGCACGUUCGCCAGCAUCAAGCUCCAAAACCGAUUCAUCGGCAAACCGGGCCCUAAGACUUUGCACAUUCCUUCAGGCCAGACACUGGACGUCUAUGAGGCAGCUGAACGCUACCAGAGAGACGGCAUUCCUCUCAUCAUCCUGGCAGGCAAAGACUACGGCUCUGGAAACUCCAGGGACUGGGUAGCCAAAGGACCAUACCUGCUGGGCGUACGUGCGGUCAUCGCCGAGAGCUUUGAGACGCUGCACAAGAACCAGCUGGUGGGAAUGGGCAUCAUGCCGCUGGAGUUUCUGCCCGGUCAGAACGCGGACUCACUGGAGCUCAGCGGGAAGGAGAGGUUCACCAUCACUCUGCCAGAGAGUCUGAGUCCAAGGCAGCAGCUCACAGUCAAGACAAGCCAAGGAAAGUCCUUCGUCGUCACAGCGCUGUUCGACACGGAGACGGACGUUAUCUUUUUCAGACAUGGAGGGCUCCUAAGAUACGUGGCUCGGACUUUGCUCUAAAACAGCCUGAAGCCCACUUAAAGUUUGCCCCAAAUCAUGAACAUCAUUUCACCUGUUGUCUUCAGUGUGGACUAAACCCAGCAAAGUGGAGCUCACAUAAAGACUGAUAGUUUGUCUGUUAGAGCCGGGAUGUAGAUCUCCAGGCUUUUGGAGUCCUGAGACAUCAGCUAAGGACCAUUACAGCUUCUCCAUCACUCACUGCACUCGGCUGGUUCAGGAAUUCUCCCCACAGGACGGACUAAACAAGCCCAGAAGAAAGUGGUGAAACUCUUAAUGAGGAGGUCGAACCGUAGACGACGAACCGUGGGCAGUGUUGUUUUGUGUUUCAUCAUUAGAGACAGAAUCUGUGCUGAGUGAGGACGUUUUCUUUACAGCGGAUUGGAUUCUUUUUUCUGCUUGGGUGGUCAUUUAACUACAAAACAUUUUUGCCUAGUAAGGCUGACAUGGUGCUAGGUACUAAAGCAUGAGUAUGUUUGUUUUUGGGGUGCAGUAAAGCCUGUUCUUGCAAACAUCCAAGUAUAUUUUAAUUUCAAGUAUUUCAAACAUUUGCAGAAGUGAUGUCAGCUUUUUGUGGCCAAACAAUCCUAUGUAAAUUAUGUUUUUUGUGAAUAUUUCUUUAAUCAAAUGGCCUUCUGCAAAUUGUCCGUCAAUACACUCGUUUCUUUUCUUUUUUUUUAAUGCAAAUGUGAAAUCCCCUUCUUGUGCUGUUUUCAUGUAUCACUGAGCUGUCUGGGUGAAGAUGUCUCCUGCUACAACAGUCAGUCGCCUGCAUCACAUUAAAGCGAAAAUAAAAAAAGGUU